AUGUGCGUCGGGAGACUCAGGUGAGGAAUAUCACCCCCGUAGGCAGCUCAUGAUCGCGGGGGAUCAAGUAUGGCGCAAGUUUCUGAAGUGGCCGGAGUACCUGGGGCUUCAGGCGGAGCUGCUGAGGGAAGACAGCAGCUUCACGGACCCUGGGCGGACGGUGUUCCUCUCGACGCAGUGUGGGUGUUUAGGUGGGUGGGCGAGGGGGGAGCUGCUCCGUUCUUUUUUCACUUCGAUAGCAGCGUCAAUAUUGUUGUAGCGUAAUGGAUUCUUUAGCUGUGUCACCGUCCCAGGGGGGCGGCCUCUUUGCUGACCUGUUGUCCUCCUUUCUGUCCGUUUCAACCGUUCGCUUCUGGUGUCUUACUGUGGAACCGAAGGUAUCGCAGUGUGCCUGCCAGAUCCACACGCAGCAGGGACUGCACCUAAAGGCAUUCGAGAUGUUGAUGCCUGCAAUACAUGCCAACUGUAAGUGCACGUACAAGUGGUGCGACGGGAGUGGUUGUGGAAAGUGGAUGGCCAUGUGUACAGAUCUGCACAGCUUUUCUGAGGCUUUGGCUUGCGAGAAGAUAGACUUUCUUGCGGAGGACCGAGGGGGUAGGUUUGAGCACUGGGGGAGGAAGCCCGCAUGCGUUGCGAUGGAAUGCCCCAAAUGCGGCUUUGGCAACCCAGGCGGCAUUCCCAUGAACUGCGAUGCCCUGGGGUCUAUGGCGGACAGAGUUGUCGGGUAGCUUCGAUUCGAGGAUCAAGUCAUGGAGGAUGGGAAGGUGCACAAGAAGCAGCAGCUA